CUCCACUUCUUUUCAGGCGAGGCGGAGUACAUAUCGAACAAGCCUACUUUCUCGCUUUAGUACGCAACUACGGAAGCCUUGGAGUUGAUAUAUCCAGCUAGCGAGCUAGCCUCCUUAAAAUGUCCAGCUUGGGAAGGGUCGCCGCCGUCUUAAGGAAUGUUUUGAGGAAUCCUCGGUCACUGAAAAGUUUGGCAUUGAGCCGUGCUGUUGGACCCGGUAUUUUGGGUUGUGUCAUUGGAACUGGGGUUAUCUGUUACCAGCAUCAUGCUAACAACAGGUCUCUUCCCUUUGCCGUUCAUGCCGAAGAACCUAAAGAAGCUGCAGCUCCCCAGCUGUCUGCCAGAAAGAUUCGUUUCAACCAGUUUGCCUCAGUGGUCUACGAGCAGGAGCCCUAUAUGACCCCAAGAGACUUCCUGUUCUCUGUGAUGCUGGAGAAUGUUGACCGAAAGCUGCAGAAGAGAAUUUUAACAACCCAAGAAGUUAACAAAAUGUUGGUGGCUGCCUCGAAAGCUAAGCCUGGAAAUGAACUCUUCAGAAGCAUUGGGGACAAUGGUUUGAUAUCCUACACAGAGUAUCUGUUCCUGCUGACUAUCCUGACCAAGCCGCGUACAGGAUUUCAUAUAGCUUUCAAAAUGCUUGAUGUUGACGGAAAUGAGCAUGUGGACCAAAGGGAAUUUUUGAAGCUGAAGAAAAUCAUUGGAAAAAGUAAAACCAGAGUUCCCAUAGACAGCACAGAGAAACCAGUGGAAGAAGGGGAAAGUGUGAACACAACUCUGCAGGCCUACUUCUUUGGGAAAAGAGGAGAAAACAAGUUGCAGUAUCAGGAGUUCCGCAGGUUCAUGGAGGACCUGCAGGCUGAAGUCCAGGAGAUGGAGUUCCUGCAGUUCUCCAGAGGUAUGGACACCAUGCGAAGAGAAGACUUUGCAGAGUGGCUCUUACACUACACCAACGAAGAAGACAAUGAAAUCUACUGGGAGAACAUGAGAAAGAGGAUCCCUGCUGGCCAGAGUAUCACAUUUGAUGAGUUCAAAGCCUUCUGUCUCUUCACCAACAAUCUGGAGGACUUUGCCUUUUCAAUGAAACUGGUCACUGAAGCCAACCGUCCCGUUGGAAUGGCCCAGUUCAAACGAGCUGUGAGGAUCGCCACAGGCCAUGAUCUGUCUGAGAAUGUGCUUGAUACUGUAUUUAAACUCUUUGAUAUGGAUGGAGACAACUGCCUGAGCCAUAAGGAAUUCAUGGGUGUGAUGAAAGACCGAGUACUGCGUGGUCUUAAGGUGCAGCAUCAGAAUGGCUUCUCAGGGUACUGGAAGUGUGUGAAGCGAGAGACCCUGAAGGGAGCCAAGGAGGCCCUGCGGGACACCGGGUGCCCCAUCUGAACCACUGAUGUUCCAGGGCAUGUCUGACAGACCAUCACUAAUACCACUGCUCACUUUGGUGUUGUAUCAUGAAAUAACUGGUGUGAACAAGAUUAGAAAUAUAACCACAUGUUAAGAAAAAAGGAUUUACACCACUAUCAUGUAUAAAUGAUAUGUUUACAGAUUGACAAUCUAUUGUCUGCCAUCAGCUUAAGAACUGUGGUCUGGGUGUGGUGAUAAUUAUUACAUUAUCUUUUUAUUGUUUGGUGCAGUUUUCUGGCCUUUAUGCUUGAUCAAGUCAUUGAUUUUAUAUUUGAAACAGCCAAUCACUUUUACUUUUGCACUCUACACACAAUCUACAAGCAGUGUGUUUAAAAAACUGGUUGAUUGUGGUUUGAGGGACAGAUGCUGAUUGAGUAUUGAUGUAUUUUCAAGGGCUUAUAUACUGCUGUGGGAUUUUCAAUUUCUGUUCAAAUUUAUCACAUAAAGUUUUCCAAGAAAAUGGCAAAGUCUCAACAAUGUGCUGACUAAUAACUAUUUUGUAAUUUAUUGUAGAAUUGAUCUGUAAAGAUCACGAGUAUGUGGGUUAACCAUUGAACAUUGUGGUGCUAAUUAUCUUACCAUACAUAGAAUUCAUAAAGUAAAUAGACAAAACAAGCUUACCUCUGUGAUAGCUGAACAAAUUAGUGACUUAUGCCAAGGUUAUCAGUGAACAUAGCAUACAUAGCUACAAUACAAUAAAAUUACAUUGAGCAGGAAGCCAUCUUUGGUCUUCUUAUCACUAUAAACAAAUACAUAUAAAUUUGUAUUGUAUCAAAAAUAGAAAUUACAUAGCCAUAUUGAAAGUAAAUUCACAUUUUUGACAUACAAUAGAAGAAGAAUACCUAAAGGACAUAUUGUGGGAUUACAUUUUUGCAAACCUUGGCUUUAAGGACCCAAUGGUUUUGCCACAUUUUUAACAUUCAUUUGUUUUUUGAAGGAUUACAUCAUUCUGUCAGACCAUAUGUCAAUUUUGCGGUCAUCCAUCUGUAUAGGACAGUAUGCAACACAUAACAAAAACACAAAUGAAAGACAAAACAGAUUGUCAUUCUUAAAAUGAGGAUGUGCUUUCUAUCCUGGGCUUUGAAAUUGAGGCCUGAUGAGAGGCCUCUGCUGCAAAGGACUGAGGAGAGAGACAUUUGGUCAGGACUCAACAUUCAAUUGUGAUGUGGCAGCCCAGCCUUCACAGGUGAACCGAGCCCAAACCGGCGAACAUGUCCCUCCUCUUAGAGUGAGUCUUUAGUUAACUGUGUGUGUGUGUGUGUGUGUGUGUGUAGCUGUUCUCCUGGGCUUCAGAGUUCUGCUGUUCUCAGAGGCACAUGAUGAACUGCAGCCAAAGUGGACCUCUGCUUGAGAUAAUAGGGAAGUGCUUUCAAAGUGUUUGAUCCACUGUGGAAAAAGAAGAAAAUAUGUGUAAGGAUUUGGGAACAUUUGAAAACCAACAGUAGGGUAACAGUGGGCAGCUUUCUUUCCUAAUGGAGCAGGGAUCAUUUUUAGGGUGGGACUGGUUGGAGUCUUAAUAAGCAACAAAUUAUGUUCCCUCAAAAAAAGGGCUUAGAAGGUAUUAAAAAAAUCUUAAAUUUAAUUUACAAAAGGUCUUGAAUAUGUUUUCUUGAUUGCUUUAGACAGAAACAUUAGUUAUACAUUUUUCUGUAUGGGGUUGUGGGCUAACAGGAGACAUUUUGCAUCUAUAAGCUACAACAGACUGGUGCUACAGUGGAUUGCGCACCGAGAAGGCUAAUCAAUCCUUUAUGUGGAGUUUCAGUCAGCACCAUCACACUUAGGGUUGCUGCAGUGUACAGAUUUUAGGAUAUACGGUGAUACUAAGAUUGCGAGUUAUCAUACCGUGUACAUUUGCUUCUCUACCAUAUAUUUAAAAAAAGCCAAUGGAUGGAGAAUUUCAGCUUUAUUUUAGUUAUUCUCAAAAGGGAGACUUUUGCACACUUCCAUUUACAAAAAUGGGUUUCAACCUUAAAUUACUGUAAUAAAAUGUUUGUUCAACCAA